UUAAAAACAACAUAUUCUAAUGGCAAAAAUUUUGGCACCCCAUGGUUAUUUGUCUGAACAUAGACAGUUCAGGUAGCAGCUCGCGGCAGCUGGAGGUGUGUGCGGGGCGUGUACUUGUGUGUGUGUGUGAGUGUGUGUGUGUGUGUUUGCGCCUCCCUGAUGUCUAGCUGACCGACUGUUCUCAGAGUAGGCUGCAGUAAAGCUCUCACUCUCCUGGUCCGUGGAGUUUCACCUAAGAAAAUCUGUUUUACACGCGGAAUUGUAACUUUUUUCUUUAAAGGAAGGACAAUAGACGAAUCUUCUUCAAGAGAUUUUGUUUAUUUGCACAUUUUUACGCAAGGCCUGCUGUUGUAACCCCUGGCGGCUGUUCCUGUACGUGUCUAAACCCCAGUGCUCGGCUGUGCUGAACUUUUUGUAGUGUUAUUGCUUUUUGUUCUAUGAUUCAUUGACUGAGUGGCUGUCUGGAAUCAGGAAAUCACUAGGACUGAAAUCACUCACUGACUGAAUUUUGCAGAAGAGGAGUGUGUAUCGUUUUACUGGCUCACUCUGUUCUUCUCUGCGCCAGGCAUCUCACAUGGGGGUCUGCUGUCAGGGCUGGAGAUGUCAGCAGCCCCGCAGCCAAACCAGCCCAUCAGGUUUCACACGCUGUCAAAAGCCGUUGUCGACACAGAGCUCUCUCUGCACAGUGAUGUCGAGGCAACAAGACUGAAACCCAGAGGGACUUCCUGGGCCACUGAGACGUGACUCCAGGCUAGGUGCAGUCUCCUAGACCCAAAAUCUCAGACAGACAACUGGGUGAACAUCAACAGAGACUAUGGAUACCCCAACAAAAUGCAUUGUAGACCCAACAAAGAGCAAGUACUCUCAGUACUACAACUCAAGCCUCAUCAAAUUGCACUAUGUCUGUGCCAAGAACUUGAGCCAGCAGGACUUACUCGAGCGCGAAAGGCUCAGAGAUGGACCCAGCUCACUAAACAUCAUCUUCAUAAUCAUCUGCAGCAUCAUAAUUCUGGAGAACCUGAUGGUACUCACUGCUGUUUUCCGAAACAAAAAGUUCCACUCAGCCAUGUUCUUCUUCAUUGGGAAUCUAGCGUUCUCAGAUCUGCUGGCUGGCUCGGCUUACAUAGCCAAUAUAUUUCUAUCUGGCCCAAGGACUUUUGAGCUAAAGCCUGUGCAGUGGUUCAUAAGAGAAGGGACUGUUUUUAUUGCAUUGUCUGCAUCAGUGUUCAGUCUGCUUGCCAUUGCUAUAGAGCGUUACAUUGCCAUAACUAAAGUCAAGGUUUACGGCUCCAAUAAGACCUGCCGCAUGUUCCUGCUUAUUGGAGCAUGCUGGGUUACCUCGAUCCUUCUUGGAGGACUUCCCAUUUUAGGCUGGAACUGCAUCAACAAUCUGACCGAGUGCUCGGCUGUCCUGCCUCUCAACUCUAGGCGCUACAUCUGCUUUGUGGUGACCAUCUUCAGUGUCAUCCUGCUCUCCAUUGUCAUCCUGUAUGUCCGCAUCUACCUGAUCGUCCGUUCCAGCCACCAGGAAACCACUAACUCGGCUUCCUACGCCCUGCUCAAGACUGUCACAAUUGUCUUAGGUGUGUUUAUUGUGUGCUGGCUGCCCGCCUUCAGCAUCCUGCUCCUUGAUACCUCGUGCAGCAUGUCCUCCUGCCCCAUCCUCAACCAGGCCGACAUCUUCUUCGGGAUCGCCACCUUGAACUCAGCACUGAACCCGCUGAUCUACACGCUGCGCAGUAAGGACAUGCGGCGGGAGUUCUUGCGCGUGCUGUGCUGCUGGGGGCUCCUCCAGAGCGGCCGGCCCGCGGAACGCUGCUUGAUACAGCUCAAGAGCUCAAGCUCGAUGGACCACUGCACCAGCAAACAUGAACAUCAGACCACUCCCAUCAUGCAGGACUGUACAACUUGUGUUUGAGCUUGGGGAAAGCACCCAUGCUGCAUUGGUAAAGGUCUCUGAGUAGGUUUAGGUCCGGAAGGAAGUUGAGGUAUUUGUGUUCACGGAUUAGGCACGCGAUCAAAAGAUGCCUGAAGUAUCGUUCUGCCAUAUCGGCAUUACGUGAUCAAAAGUAGUGACAGAGGUUUGGCAUGUGACUUUUUACAAGCAUUCAGACCUGUGUGAAUUUUUUCUAAUCUUUUUCUAUGGACUCCUAGGAGCUAAAAACAAGUAUUGUGGUAUGGACACAAUCAUGUGUUGUCAAUUUUUUUAUUUGUGUCAAAGUUUUAUGACCUCCACUGAAUGAUUUUUACUUGUAUUGAUACCGUUAUUAUUCACAAUGUCAUAUUUACCUGUUUGGCAGUGACCAAAAACAUCUUUUUUUUCUUAAAUCAAAGUCUAAGAUAAUGCACUUUCAAGCAUAUCUGUGAUCGUAUGUAUUUGUGACUGACUUGUGAGUUCAGUCAAACUAACAAAGUCAACGUUGCAUGACCAUGAAAAGGUGAGUCUUGGAGUGACUCACCAGACCUAAUUCACAAAGAAAAGGGAGGUACUGAAUAGGUACACUCCACAGUGCACUCCUCAUGAGCCAUGGGUGCACAACCAUGUUAUGUAUUCCAUUAUAUUCCCUUUAAUUAACUACAAUAAAAACAAUAAAAUGUACUACACUUCAUUAUAUUGCAUGUACAAUAACCUGUGUACAAUCUAAUCUAUGGCGUAUUCAUGUACAAUUUCAUCAUUAACCCUUUUCUCUCAGCCUCUCUGGCCUUUGCUUAUGUUUGUCCGUGUGUGUAUACGUGUGCGUGAGUGUGUGUGUGUGUGUGUGUGUGUGGCUUUUUUACGAUAAGUGUUUCCCUUAAGGAAGACACAAACAGAAAGUACAUUUCCUUAAGUGAAUUGGCACUGACAUGUUUCACCCAGCCUGCAGUAAUCCCCUGGACUUGUCUUGACAACGUUGUAGCGUCGCUGCAGCAGCGUGUGCUUUCUGUUUUUGUGCUCUCCUGAAACUGAAUGUAUGCAUGAAGUGUUUGGAGCGAAAUGCUUCUCCUUGUGACAGUAUUACUGAACACUGAUUGUUUUUCGUCUUGUUGAGUACUGAGCUGUCGGAGACAAUAAAGAGGGAUAGGGUCACUGUGAAGUCUUGAAAACGAUCACCACAUUUUAACUUGCUGGUGACACACAAUGGGUUGCAGAGAUAGAAACUCAUGACGUUGGGAUAAAAUAAACAGGUCACCUCUUUUUUUUGUUGUUUUGUGUCAUGGCCUCUAAACUCACACUUCAGAUGGAUGAGGGGGAGGAGGCUGCACUCUUAUGUCAAAGGUCAGAGGCUAAUUGUUCUGCUUAAAACCACACUUCCUGCAAUGACAGGAAGUUCAGUGUUUCCUAUAGUACUUUGUUGUUCAGGACUGACCUCAUCUUUCAUGAUUAUUCUUACAUACCACUCAAGCAAGCAAACGCAAAAAUUUGAUCCCAAAAUGUCUUGCUGUCUUUUCUUCUAUUGAUCAUCAGAGAAAGCACUUUGGCAGCUCUUCGUAAAUCGUUCAAUUUUUUUUUUUUUGCUCAUUGUUUUGCUUUUUUGUUAUAUGAAGACUGUGCAAGCAUGCCUAUCACUUCCAUUCUGUGUAAAACCCUGUGCAAAAAAAGUUUUGUAUUAUGCAUUUAUGACAAUGUAUGUAUUGUAUUUAUGUCUAAUAUGUGUAUAUGUAUGAAAUGUCUUGUGUGCAAUAGCAUUGUGUGUCUAGUAGCAAGCUACCUGUGUUAAAUCGGUACAAUCCUAAACACUAAUAUUGGUACAUAAACGUUUUUGUUCAUUACUUUUAUAUAAAAUAAAUUAGAUACAAAAUGCAAA